ACGUGAAGUGUCAAGGCGGUCCGGAUUGAAUGCUGUAAAGAUUUGUUUGAUAUAAACUAAAUUUGGGUGUGGCUUUAACUAUUAAUUAAAAUCAAUAAAAUAAUAACAAGUACUUAACGACAGCCUACCACCAAACAACUCGACACUAUGAGGACCACUUGAAUGAUUUGGAAUAUGUCAGUAAAGCCAGCAUAGUGAUAGGUUAUAUCUUGAGUUUUUACCAAUUUGAUGGAUUUUUGGCGAUAACAGCACUAAAAUGAUGAGUUCCAAGUUGUGAACAAUGUCCCGAUUAGCCGACUACUUCGUAAUUGUCGGCUAUGAUCACGAAAAAGAGCGAAGUGGUAUCAGCAGUGGAAUAAUUCUACAAAGGUUUCCAGAGAAGGAUUGGCCAGAAACACCUUUCAUUGAAGGAAUAGAAUGGUUUUGUCAACCUCAAGGAUGGGCAUUAUCCACAGAAAGGCAAGAACCAAAGUUUUUUGUGUCUGUUUUAACAGACAUCGACGCAAACCGCCAUUACUGUGCUUGUCUCUGUUUCAAUGAAACUGUUUCCAUAACACCUAGUAAGCCGGUAGAUGAGGAAGAAGAUGCAGUUGAAGGAGAGACCCCAUUAGUUAGGCCUGUUCCAGCUAUUUCACAUCACAGCAUCAUGUAUGCACCAAAAUGUCUGGUUUUGGUCUCAAGGCUGGAUUAUAUUGAAACAUUUAGAAAUUGUCUUGGGAUCAUAUAUUCUGUCUAUAUUGAGAAUAUGCCAGUGCCAUUAGAAACGCUAGUUGGGAAUAUUUUGGGUUGUGUACAAGUGCCGCCACCUGGUGGACCUCAGGUGCGUUUCAGCAUAGGCGCUGGCGAUCGUCAAGCCCUUCAGCCUCCAUUGUCCCCUUCUUUACCCGUCACGCACGCCGCUGUCGCGCUUCUCUUCCACCAAUUAGGCAUCCGGAACGUUCUGUCGCUGUUCAGUGCCGUCGUCACCGAGCACAAGAUCCUUUUCCAUUCCAAAAGCUACAACAGGCUUACGGAAGCGUGUCGAGCGCUCACCGCGCUCAUGUACCCUUUCAGGUAUACACAUGUGUAUAUUCCAUUACUGCCAGCACCUCUAGUCGAAGUUCUCUCUACUCCAACUCCUUUUAUUAUGGGAGUCCAUUCCUCUUUAAGAUCUGAAGUUUCUGAAUUGAUGGAUGUGAUCGUCGCCGACCUGGACGGCGGCAGCCUGACAGUCCCAGACGGCGUGAACGUCCCGUUGUUACCUGAACCUUUACUCACCGCGACCCGCGAGGCUUUGAGCCUCGUCUUGCAGCCCGAGUUGGCGUGCGCGGAUGCCGCUUUUCCGCCUUUGGCCACCCGGGCGCCCCAGCCGCACAUGCUCGACAAGGAGAUACGCGCGGUGUUUAUGCGCGCGUUCGCGCAUCUGCUUCAAGGAUACCGCAGCUGCUUGACGCUCAUCAGGAUACAUCCGAAGCCAGUCAUCACAUUUCACAAGGCUGCGUUUUUGGGGGAACGCAACUUGAAAGAUUGCGACUUUACGACUCGCGUGUUAGACUGCAUGUUUUUCACGUCUUUUGUCGGCGAAAGAGGUCCUCCUUGGAGGCCUUGCGACGUCUGGGACGAGCUGUACAGCGGAUUGGUCGAACAGCUUAGGAAAGAGCAUCAGGAUCGAAGAUUGUUGCUUGUGCAUAUACAGGAGUUGGCCGCACAACUGUACACGAACGAGACUCCGAACCCGCAGUCGUACGCUCAGAAGAUCCUGGUGCCGCCAGAGGGCGCCUUUGCUCGUAUUCACCAACCGCCUUUGCCAAAGAUCGAUUCUGUCAAAGUGCAACAAAUCAUCGACGAAGGAUCGCAACAGAACAACAUCAAAUCUAGGUUAGCCUCUUUACGGCCAAUCCAGCCUAGGAUCGUGCCGAUGGGUCCUAACAUUUCAAACUUGAACGAAAAUAAAAAUAUCGUCAGUAACUCAGCGAGGAGGUUGGAAGUGUUGCGUAACUGCGUGAACUGCAUCUUCGAAAAUAAGAUCAGCGACGCUCGCAAAACCUUCCCUGCCGUUCUUAGGGCGUUGCAAUCGAAACAGGCUCGCUUGGCGUUGUGCCAGGAAUUGGCGCACCAUGUCAGCGGCACAAAAGCGAUGUUGGAACACCAACAGUUCGAUCUGGUCGUACGGCUUAUGAAUUGCGCAUUACAGGACGAUUCGUCGAUGGAUGAACACGGCGUGGCUGCAGCUCUAUUGCCGUUGGCUACAAUUUUCUGCAGGAAGCUAUGUACGGGCAUUAUCCAAUUUGCGUAUACCUGCAUUCAGGAGCAUCCUGUAUGGCAAAACCAACAGUUUUGGGAGGCCGCUUUUUAUCACGAUGUGCAAAAGGAUAUUAAAGCCUUAUAUGCAUCGCGAACGGAUAAUCUGUCAUCUAAAGGAAGUGGAGAAAUGUUGAGCCCCACAUCGCCGAGAGAUAGCAAGGAUAUCAGUACUUGGCACAGACGUUCGGGCGGCAUGGUGGGUUGCGGCGUCCUGAGCCGCGUCCAUCAGGAAGCGACCGCUCUCGAGAUCGCGGCCGAGCAAAUGCGCAUCUGGAACGCGGUGGACCCGGAGAAACAGAAAGAACUGAUCACGUGCGAGGAGAACACGAUGUACAGCCAGGCGAUACAUUACGCGAACAGGAUGGUCUAUUUGCUUAUACCGUUGGAUGCUAGCAUACACCAUGGACACCACGGCCAUCGAAGGCACAGCAAACAGGAUCUGUUCGACGAGGAAAGGGCCAGCAAUAGCAUCGCAAAUAGUGUUGCGGAAAGUGAUAGCGCCGACGCCGAAUCAGGUUUUGAAGAGCAAGAUACAACUGAGACUGGAGCUGCCGUCGUUAGAACAGUUUCCAGGUUUAUUGAUAAGGUUUGUACCGAAGGUGGAGUAACGAGGGACCAUGUACGUAACUUGCAUCAGAUGAUUCCUGGCGUGGUGCAUAUGCACAUUGAAACUUUGGAGGCGGUUCACAGAGAGAGCAAACGACUGCCUCCUAUACAGAAGCCAAAGAUACUCACUCCUAAUAUGAUCGUCGGAGAAGAAACGAUCAUGGAAGGUUUGAGAGUGUACUUAUUACCUGACGGCAGGGAAGAAAGCAACGCGGGACUUUUGGGUGGUCCGCCAUUAUUGCCGGCUGAAGGAGCCAUCUUCCUUACCAACUACAGGAUAAUCUUCAAAGGAAUACCGUGUGACUCUUUCGCAUGCGAGCAGGUGGUAGUCCGCUCGUUCCCGGUGACUUCGCUGACGAAAGAAAAGAGGGUAACCGUGCAGUAUUUGGCGCAUUUGGAUCAGUGGCUGCAAGAAGGUUUACAGUUGCGCUCGUGCACAUUCCAGUUGAUGAAACUCGCGUUCGACGAGGAGGUCACCGCCGAGAAUGUCGAUACGCUCAGAAAACUGAUACAUAAAGUCCGGCAUCCUCCUGACGUGUACCACCAUUUCGCUUUCACCGGUCAAGUUGUCGUGAAUCAAACGCCGUUGCACAAAACCAAAGAGAAGAACGCUACGUUGAGGGGAUUCGCCAAGAAGACGUUGCUGAAAACUGCCAGGAAGGUCGGAGUCAAACAGAAAUCAUCGUCAAAACGGCAGAAAUACGUCCUUCCGAACAUCAGUCUGGGCGGUGGCGGCGUCGGCAACAAGUACAUGACAUCUCCGGGAAGGAUGAGUUUGCCGGCGAAUGCGGUGAUAGACGGUUUCGAUCACCAUGACGACGACCUAUCGGUGGACGAUUUCGAAACUGCCACCGGCGGCGCCCCUUCGUUGCCGCUCGGGGGACAGCCAACCACUGAUGCGAAGACGCUUGAAAGGUUACAAGAACGAAGUUACGUUCGCGAUUGGCAGCGAAUGGGCCUGUGCAAUUCAAGCGGUUCACCAACUGGGAAACUCGCACCGGACCAAUUCAGAUUGACCACUGUCAACUCCAUUUACAUGAUGUGCAGGAGUUACCCUGCAUUGCUGCUAGUCCCGGCCAGCGUUCCAGACGAGAGCAUCCGUCGCUUUUGUCGGUGUUAUCGACAGGGUCGAAUACCGGCUGUCACCUGGCGACAUCCACGCACAAAAGCCAUGUUACUUAGAGGAGCUGGACAUCAUGGAAAAAGCGUCAUGGGUAUGCUGAAGAGCAGCGGUGGCGGUGCCGGUCCAGACGUGGCACAAUCGCAUCACAACUAUCAACAACAGCAACAGGUGCAACAGCAGGCUUAUCAGCAACAUCAACAUGGCGGAGGUCAUCAACAUUCCACUUCUGGAUCGAGCAUCGUAGGACCGACGUCCACUUCUUCCACCGAACAAGAAAAGUACCUGUACGCUCUGGUGCGUGCGACGAUGUCGGCCGGAAGCGGUGGCGGUGGGGGUGGUAGUCACGGUCGCGGAGGCGGCGCAUGGGGCGGUGGAAUGUCCGACAGCAGCCUCAGCAUCGACUCUUUGCUAUUGGCUGCCGAAGACACGUUGCUGAUGGCCGCUGCCUCUGCCCCGCCACCGAGAACGCCGGAACUGGCCAGAGGUGGGGCCAAUGCGUUCAAUAAGGCCAUCGGGACAUUAGGAGUGUUUCCCCGAUCAUCGGGCGGCAAAGGUUUGAACAACACCGGUGGAAAGAACACGUUCGGCCGUUGGGGUUCCUUGAAGGACGGGCAUCGAGGCGGCGGGCGGCAUUCCCAAUCGCAGGCCUCGUUGGUUGGCAGCGGCGGGGGCGGCGGCGGUGUUGCCGGGGGACAUCGACAGACAGCCAGCAACGUCAGCGGGAACAGCAGGCAUUCGCAAGCUGAUGCAGCGACCGAUGUCGCCGCCGGAAGUCAGGCUACGGUGCAUACGUUGCAGAGGGCCGCGCUAUACAUAUUAGGAGAGAAGGCGCAGAUGAAAGGGAUCAAAAUGGAGUCCGCGCCGAAGACUGAUUUCAUUCCUGUGGAAUACUACGACGUUAGGCAUACGAAGGCCGCAUUUAAGAAACUGAUGCGAGCGUGCAUCCCGAGUUCGCCGACCGCCGAACCUGAACACACUUUCCAUAAGUUAAUAGAAAAUUCAGAGUGGCUGCAGCAGAUCCAGAACAUAAUGCAGUUGUCUGGGGCCGUCGUGGACCUGUUGGACCUACAAGGUUCUUCUGUUGCUAUUUGUUUAGAAGACGGUUGGGACGUGACGGCUCAGGUGGCUUCCAUUGCUCAGAUAUGCCUAGAUCCACAUUACCGUACCAUUGAAGGUUUCCGCGCGUUGGUCGAGAAAGAAUGGAUCGGCUUCGGGCAUCGCUUCUCGCAUCGCAGCAACUUGAACAGCACGUCGCAAGCGAGCGGUUUCGCGCCCACUUUUCUGCAGUUCCUCGACGUCCUCCACCAGAUCCAGAAGCAGUACCCGAUGGCUUUCGAAUUCAACGACUACUAUCUGCGCUUCCUCGCUUAUCAUUCCGUCUCUUGCCGAUUCAGGACGUUCCUGUUCGAUUGCGAACUGGAGCGGGUCGAAAGCGGCGUGGCCGCCGUUGAGGAUAAACGAGGUUCGUUGACGUCUCACCACAAGAGCGUCGACACGGUUUCGGACGACGAAAACAUCUAUCCGGGCAGCGGAGGUAGCGGAGCCGGCAGCGGGCCGGGCGGAGGCGGUACCGGGGGCAGAGGAGGCUCCGCGGGCAUGCAGGGAGGCAGUCUGGGGCAGAGCGUCUUCGAUUAUGUAGAGAAGCAACACGCCAGGACGCCGGCGUUCUUCAAUUUUAUGUACACGCCCGAUUUUGAACAGCCGGUGCUGAGGCCACAAUCACAUUUAGCAUGUCUCGAGGUUUGGAACUAUUACCUGGACGAAGAGCUGAGGUACGGUCCCGCGUACGACCCGGAAGUGGUGCAAAUGGACGCUCAGCAAGAGGAAGAAACCGAAGCGGCGGACGGCGUGCACAGGACGAGAAAGAUCGUCGCGAAAGGGUACGACAACAUCCAACGGGCGGUACCUGACGCGUUCAGUCACUUGUUGGAGGAGGUGCAUCGCUUGGAAACGGAUCUCGGACAUUUGCCGCAAAAAUGGAAGGUGCUCUGGGACAAGCUGGAAUUGCCGCUCACCGAUUCGCUAACGCGUCACGCGUCGUUCAGCACCGCGCUAGUUCGAUCCCACGGCCGUUUGGUGCACAAACGCAGCACUUUGGAGAUCCUGAUGCGCGGCAAGAUGGCCGGCGCGGCUGCAGCAGAAUCGUCGACGCUCGUCUAUUCGCACCCUCACCGAUUCGACAGGUACAAUUACACGACGCCCACGUAUUGCGACCUCUGCGCUAAUCUGCUAUGGGGACCUGUCAAGACUGGUCUGCGUUGCGUGGAUUGUGGUUAUAGUUGUCACGAAAAGUGCGUGGAUUCAGUGCCGAAAAAUUGUACAAAGUACAAAGCGAUCGCCGAUACCGCCACAACGCAGACGUUGCAAGGAAAUACAGGAGGAGACACUGGAUCUGUCAGUUCGGGAUCGGCUCGUCAGACGAGCAGCCAGCAAUAUUACGACCAGUUUUCGUCGAACGUGGCCGAAGACAGAACGCACGAAGGAUACUUGUACAAAAGGGGAGCGCUUCUUAAGGGAUGGAAACAAAGAUGGUUCGUUCUCGAUUCUAUCAAGCAUCAAUUGCGAUAUUACGACGCUAUGGAGGACUCGCACUGCAAAGGGUACAUUGAUCUAGCGGAGGUGAUGUCCGUGACUCCCGCUCCUCCGGCCCCGGGACCUCCCAAAAAGACUGACGAUAAGGCAUUUUUUGAUUUACGUACUAGUCGGCGAACGUACAAUUUCUGUGCGGCUGACAACGCAUCGGCACAAGAAUGGAUCGAAAAGCUGCAAGCCUGCCUUUAAUUUUUCAACACAAUUCGAUUGUAUCCUCACAAAUCUCCAGUACGGUUUUCUUUGAGAUUUAACACACAAUUACGGUCAACAUGACGUCAAACAUAAUAUGUCUGAUAAGAAAUGCAUUUAUUUAUUCUGGUUUAUUUGUGCUUUUUAGUUCACGAUUUGAACAUUUUCAUAGUUUGUUGGUGUAACAUAGACGGCGAUAGGUUGAAAUCUCUCAUUUUUUAUAACAGUAGACUAUAAAAAAUAUUUUCAUUCGGCGUCUACAAUAACCCUAGAAAAUAAUGUUAUUUUUAUAAACGUUGUAGAUACAUUUGACGUUAAAUCUCAAGGAAAAAUGAAGAACCACUGUUGUAUAUCCCCUUAGACUUUAGUUGUUUCCCUCAUUAUAUAUAUUAUAUACACAUUUUAUUUUAGUAUCUUAUUUAUCUGGAAACAGUAGUUAUUGUAUCUUUUGUGUAAAUGUUCUGGUUUCUGACGUACGCACAAUAAUAUUGUGCUGAUUGUUUAAUUGCCUUUAUAUAUAUUUUUUUACAGUUAUCUUGUCACGCUCAAUAACUAGUUGUUGAUUUAAAAAAAAACAUGUUAUAUAAUAGGUUUAAGUAAAUGUUGCCAUUCUUUUCCUUAAUAUUUAUAUUAAAUUCACGUGUAUAAAACCGG